CUGGCAGGACUAGGGGGUGGGAGGCUGGGGUCCCCUCUGUCCAUUAUGUGUGCCUCCAAAAUCCAAACCAGCAGGGGCUGGAAGGCACAGGAGCAGGGCAUCUAUAUCCAUCCAUGCACUCACCCAAGAGACACAGCUGUUCAGUGUCUUAUGAGCCAGCUGGGGUGACUGAAGAGCUUAAGGAAGGGAUAGUUGAGACAGUGUGGGCUGAGCUAAAAGGAUCAGCAAGGGAGGUGAAGGACCCCAGCAGGGCCAGCAAUAGAGGGGAGCGUUCCUGUCUCUGGACCUGAAGGAGUGGGCAAGAUGACGUUUCUUGAAGCUGCAGGGACCUGGAGCUGUGGGAGGGGCUGCCAGACAACCGGCAGGAACACACAUCCCUGCCAGACUCCAAAAUGCCCCGUCUCUCUUUCUGCCCUCCACCUCCUGCUGGGGCCUCCCCCUGGCUAAACUCAGCAGAAGUCCUAGGCCAGGGAGUCUCGCACGUUCCUUAACCUGUCUGUCUUGGUUUCCUCAUUUGUGAAAUGGGAACGAUAAUACCGCCCAUCUCGAAAGGUGCCGUGAUGAUCGGGUGAGAGAGGAGAAGCGGAUCUACCGGCUGCCGGUGUUCACGGCGCCGUUCUGCCAGGCGCUGCUGGAGGAGCUGGAGCACUUCGAGCAGUCGGACAUGCCCAAGGGAAGACCCAACACCAUGAACAACUAUGGGGUGCUGCUCCAUGAGCUGGGCCUGGAUGAGCCGCUGGUGACGCCGCUGCGGGAGCGCUUCCUCCAGCCACUGAUGGCCCUCCUUUACCCAGACUGUGGCGGAGGCUGGCUCGACAGCCACCGAGCCUUCGUGGUCAAGUAUGCACCAGGCCAGGACCGGGAGUUGGGCUGUCACUAUGACAACGCCGAGCUGACCAUCAACGUGUCCCUGGGCAAGGCCUUCACCGGGGGCGCCCUAUACUUCGGGGGCCUCUUCCAGGCGCCUUCAGCCCUGGCCAACCCCCUGGAGGUGGAGCAUGUGGUGGGCCAGGGUGUGCUGCAUCGGGGCGGCCAGCUGCACGGGGCCCGGCCCCUGGGCACGGGCGAGCGAUGGAACCUCAUCGUCUGGCUCCGGGCCUCCGCUGUGCGCAACCGCCUCUGCCCCAUGUGCUGCCGCAAGCCCGACCUGGUGGACGAUGAGGGCUUCGGUGACGGCUUCACCCGGGAGGAGCCCACCACAGUAGACGUGUGUGUGAUGACUUGAGCCUGGUUGGGACCUGUGUCGGGGGUGGCGUGACGGCAGAGGGCUCUGCCACCUCGGCUUGGGUUGGGCAGGGCAGAAAUAAAGUCCCUGUAGCCCUUGGCACUUCUUGGUUCAAAAGGACAAGCAGGCUCUGGGUCCUUCUUUCUGCAGAUGGGCUGGCUUAGAACCGGAGAUGGGGGUUCCUGCUUAUCGAUGGAGCGCCCUCGGGAGGAGGGAGUCCACGAAGCAGGACAAGGCAGGAAGGAGCUGGGCCGAGGGGCAGGUCAAAUGCAUCUAAACUCAGGCCAAUCCCCUGGGAGCUCUGGAGCAUGAAUCCACCAGUUUGCCCCAGCAUCGGUGAUUGGCUACAGGGUGUGUUGGGAGAGGGCAUGGCCGGGGGAGGGGAUGUGUGUGAAUAAGUUCCCAGAUGUCCGACUCCAGCACCAGUGGCUCCCAGUGGAACGUCCAGGUGUAGCUGUCAGCAUCUGGCUUGACAGCUGGGGUGAGUGCCGUCUAUAAAGGGGAUUUGGGUGGGUCACCAGUAGCACCUUGUAGAUGGUGUGGAGGGGUUAAGAGCCGGGCCAGACUGUCUGGGUUCAAAUUCUGAUUCUGCCACUUCCAGCCCUGUGACUGGGUAAGCCCCUUGACCUCUUUGUGCCUCCGUUUCCUCAUCUGGAAAGUGCCUAUGUCUUAGAGCUGUUGUGAGAGUCAAAUGAUAUAUAAACUUUAUAAAGUGCUUUAUAACAGCC